AUGGUUUCAAAAUCAAUAAGCAGUUUAUUAAACAAGUACGGUAGUGUUACAGUUGUUGUAUAUAUAUGGUGUAUUGGUAUUGUUAUAGCAAUGGUUGUUUUCAAUAUUCAACCAUUAUUAGAAAUUAUGCCAUGGUUCAAAUUCACAAUUGGUUGUAAUAUGUUUAUAUUCUUUUUAGAACUUUAUUUAGAUAUCAGACAAUCUUUUACAAUUAGAGCUUUUAAUUAUCCAAAUUCAAAUUAUCAUGAAAUUAAAUAUCAUAUUCAAAAUAUUCUAGGGUUAAUUAAUUUUUCAAGAACAGAAUCAACUAUUGGUUUUAUAAUUGAAUGUUUAGUAUUAUAUUUUGGAGUAUUAGUUGGUAUAUAUAAUAUAAAUGAUUACAUUUGGUUUUAUUUUGGAUUUAAUAGAACAUAUGAAAUUACAAGAGGAAUGGCAUAUUUAUUAGAAAUUAGUUUGAUUAGUUCAUUGGUAAGAUUACCAUUUGAAAUGUACAGAAUAUAUAUUGAUCAACCUUCAAAUGAAGAUAGUAAUAAUAAUAAUAAUCCAAAUAAUAAUCCAAAUAAUAAUAAAACACCAGCAGGUGAAACAAAUAAAACAUAUGAUAAAUUUAAAAAUAAAGAUUGGAUUAAACAAAUUAUAUGGGACCAAAUUAAAAUGUUUUUAAUUUCAUUAUUUGUUGGAUUACCAUUAUUGACAAUAACAUUAUCAUUGUUUUAUUGGCAAUAUCCAUAUCAAUGGUUUACAAUUGUAAUAUUUGUAUCGAUUGUUGCAUUGUUUUUCUCUGAUUUAUAUCCAUCGAUUGCCUAUUUAUUUAACAAUUUCUCAGUAUUGGAAGAUUGUCAAUUACGUAAUGAAAUCUCUGAAUUAUCAAGAAAAUUGAAUUUCCCAUUACAUGAAAUCUAUACAAUGGAUGGUUCAAAACGUGUCUCUCAUUCAAAUGCCUUUCUAAUGGGUUUUUGGACCUCAAGUUUUGUCUUGUAUGAUAAUUUAAUUAAACAAUUAACAACUCAAGAAAUUUUAGCAAUUAUUGGUCAUGAAAUUGGUCAUCAUAAAUUUAUGCAUAAUAUGAAACAUUUAUUAAUUCAAUUAGUAUUUGUUGGAAAUUUUAUUUAUUUAUUUUCAAGUGUUGUAAAUUUACAAGUAUUUUAUGUUGGAUUUGGAUUCGAUAGAGUUGAUGUUAGUGUUGGUUUAGUUUUAUUUUCAUAUUUAUAUAGUACAUUUGCAAAUUUAUUAAGAUUUGUAACAAAUUUAAUUAGAAGAGAAUUUGAAUAUGCUGCAGACGCAUAUGCAAUUGAAAAUGGUUUAGAGAUGAAAAAAGCAUUAGUUUCAAUGCAUGGUAAAGGUGUUUAUAUUAAACCUGAUCGUUUCUUUUCAUUAUAUUAUUAUUCACAUCCAACUUUAAUGGAAAGAUUAGAAUCAAUUAAUUUAAUUAAAAAAUCAUUAUCAUCAUCAUCAUCGUCAACAAAUAAUAAUAAUAAUAAUAAUAAUAAUAAUAAUAAUAAUAAUAAUAAUAAUAAUAAUAAUAAUAAUAAUAAUAAUAAUAAUAAUAAUAAUAAUAAUAAUAAUGAUAACGAUAAUGAUGAUAAUAUUAAUAUUAAUAAUAAAAAAUUAGAUUAG